GUCCAAAAAGAGUCUCAUUAAAUAGUAGAGUGCUCAAAUUUAAUGAAGAUUUUUAUAGAGAGGAUAAUAAGUUUAUGUGCAAGUUUUGUCAUCAUAGUGUUAAUUACAAACAAUUAACAUUUACAACAAUACUACAAGCUGCUGAAUCUCAAAAAAUACA